AUGGCUUCACCCACCCCAACAAACGUGCCUAGCUCGCCCUUGACCGAAAUGUCGGAUUCUGAAAUCUCGCUCCUCUCUCGCUCACCCACUCCACCCCCGGAGCUGACCACGCUCGUCCACCGACGCGCCUACAUGUCGCCCUCGUCCUCGCAGCGCUCGUCCGCCAAGACAACGCCCGUCCCCGAAGACAUGCCCUCGCCCCCAUGCAGCAGCAACGACGACAACCCGCGUCCGCCAAAGCGGAGGAAGACAAUGGAACCCAAGGAGCGCACAGCAGAAUAUCUCGACCUGUCCAAGCCCGUCGUUCCCCUAGAACAUCUGCCCCAGCUGCAGCGCUUGCUGACCGUCUUGCACAAGAAGCGCAAGAUUGUCGUCAUUGCAGGGGCUGGUAUUUCCGUGUCAGCUGGCAUUCCAGACUUUCGCUCGGCCACUGGCUUGUUCAACACGCUCAAAAAAGAGCACAAGCUCAAGUCGUCUGGCAAGGACCUGUUCGACGCCUCUGUUUACCAGGAUGACACGUCCACAUCGACGUUCCACGACAUGGUCCGUACCCUUUCUCACCAUACCAAAUCGGCCCAGCCCACCGCCUUCCACCACCUCCUCGCCACACUGGCCCACGAAGGCCGUCUCAUGCGACUCUACACCCAGAACGUCGAUGGCAUAGACACGUCGCUGCCUCCUCUGAGCACACAGGUCCCUCUACCAAAGAAGGGACCCUGGCCCAAGACCGUGCAGGUCCAUGGCGGCCUUGACUACAUGUCGUGUUCCAAAUGCCAGGCGAUAACGCCCUUUGAUGCCGACCAAUUCAACGGCCCUAGCCCGCCUCCUUGCCCGAGCUGUGUCCAAAAUGAUGAGAUUCGUCAGGUCGCGGACAAGAGAAGCCAUGGCAUCGGCCGUCUGCGCCCACGCAUGGUCCUAUACAAUGAGCACAACCCUGACGAUGAGUCAAUCGGUUCCUGCGCGUCAUAUGACAUGCGCAUGAGGCCUGACGCUGUUAUUGUCGCUGGCACCACGCUCAAGGUCCCAGGCGUACGGCGUAUCGCUCGUGAAAUGUGCAAUAUUGUUCGUGACCGCAAGGAUGGUGUCACGAUAUGGCUGAACAAUGACCCUGAGCCGGUUGGAAAGGACCUUGAGGACAAGUGGGAUUUGGUUGUCAAGGGCCCCUGUGACGAAGUUGCCCGCCACGCCAAUAUGCGCCGAUGGGAUGACCCCAUGGAAUACAAGACAGUCACCGAGGAGCACCUGAGUAGAGUCAAGGAAAAGCAAAAGGCAGAGGUGGUCAUUGGUACCCCUCGCAAGCCGGGUGUUCUUCGCAAUGCCGGCCAGCUGACACCUGGCCAAAGCCCACGCAUCCUUGCCCACUCAUUUGAUAAGGAGGAGCCAGAAACACCAUCGAAGAAGGGCACAAAGAGAAAGGCGGAUAUUCAAAAUGCCCAAUUAGACCUCUUCGGCAAGGUGGCGGGAAAAGCACCUACAAGAAAGCCCAAGGGGCAGACAAAGAAGGCAACAGCGGCAACCAAGACCAAAGCAAAGAAGGAGCCCAAGGAGGUUCCUGCUAUCAACAAUGUCUUCAAGGCUACCAAGGGUGCUGCAAAAAGUGGCUCCAAAUCUUUGGCCAAAAAGUCUGAUCCUGCUUUCCCUCCAAUUGAAUCCCAAUUCAACCCACAGCUCAAGCCAAAGGAAAAUGUCGCCGACGUGAUUGCCGUUGGAAAGCGCCAGCCUCCAAUUACUCCUAGGAAAUUGGCGAGACUGACGAGGAUCAAAUCGGACUACGUCUUCCAGCCCGUAUCAAACGUGGACGGUCGCAACAAUCACUCGCCAAAACGGCCACCCAUUGAAAGCUUUACGCCUACCAAGGAUCGAACACCCAAUGCUCAGAUUGAGGAGGAAAUGGCAUUUGCACACGCCACAUGCACGAGCGAGUCUCGCCCUUCAUCAUCUGGGAGUGCACAGCGGCAUGUAAUCGAGAGCCCUACAGGUGCUGUUCCCAAGAACAUGAACCACCUUCUUUGCUAGCAUUCAUCACAUUUUCCGGCGCUGAAGGUACGACAUAUUUUAUUCUUCUUUUCGCAUUUGUGCGCGUGCUAUGACCGGUUCGAGGCGUUUGCUUGUGUGUACAGAUGUAUUCCAGCUGUAUCAUUACCUUUUUUUCAUGUUGGACGUGCGUAUCCUACUUGUUUCGGCUGCAUGAUACCCGGGCGGACCCCUGGUCGAGGCAGAAUAGGACGGUAGAGUCCCUUGGGUCCUAGGACUACGUUUUAAGGAGAUAGAAUAGCGCUCUUGCCGCAGUUGAUACUCGUUGUUUACGAUCUCAGUCAAGUAGUCUUAUUUUGCCAUUUGACACGGGGGCGUAUCAACGUUUUACUUUUGUUC